AUUCGCCUCAUAGAUCUGGAGUUGCUAUACCUUAAAGUGGCUUUGGCACGCGGUUUUAAAUUAACACCUGUUGACAAUGGAUCAAAGCACUUUGUAGUUAAGUAGCAGUUUCUGAAAACUUCAUUACUAAUGAAGGUUUUAAGCAAGGCAACAGCUUUUUUUUACUGCUGUAACUUCAUUGUCAUGUUUCCAUUUAUAACUUCAAACCAACCAGUUUUCUCGGCUUAUGAGCAACUGCGAAAUUCAAUACUGGACUUUUCUAUUUCCGGUUUCAAUAUUUUGGAUCAUGAUAAUGAACAGAAGGGGAAUAUCUUGUAUUCUCCUUUCAGCGUGUACAGCGUUUUAAUGUUAACUCAUCUAGGGGCUAAAGGAAAAACUGCUCAACAGAUAUGCAAGACACUGAAGUUAUGUCAUAUGAAUAUAACAAUGGUUCAUGAAGCUUUUGGCCAGAUAAACAAAGAUAUAAUAUUACCAGAUGCACUGGAGACAGCAAACGGUCUGUUCAUACAACGGGGAUUUUCUGUUUCUAGCUCCUACGAACAUGCCUUAAAGCACUUUUACUCUACUCAACUCACAGAGGUAGACUUUCGAAAUGCUUUGAUUGAAAUCAACUCUUGGGUUCAACAGCACACUAGAGGCAAAAUUUCAGCAGUUCUUGACAAGAAUCCCAGUCAUGCUACAAAAAUGAUGAUGGUUAAUGCUGCCUAUUUUAGAAGUCGCUGGAAAUGGGAAUUUGAUCCAAGGGCAACGGAACCAAGUGGCUACUUCUACUUAACGCCACGCCGUCGUGUUCAAGUUCCAAUAAUGUCUGGCAAGAUGAAUGUGGCCAUAGGUCAUGAUAUUUCAGUAGGAGCUAGUAUUCUCGAACUGCCUUUUACUCCAAGUCGUGUCUCGAUGUUUCUAGUCUUGCCUGAUAACCCAGAACUUCAUUUUCAUUUUAAUGUUACUUCCAUGAAGCUCCUUAUAGGUUCAAUGAAGAAACGAGAUGUGAAUGUUCGGCUUCCCCGUUUCAGUCUUGAUCAAAUUCCACAGAUGACCGAUUUACUGUGGAACUUCGGUAUUCAAGAUAUUUUUUCGCCUACCGAAGCGGAUUUAGGAGGAAUAGCAAAAGGGUUGUUUGUUACGGAUGUUAUGCAGCGUUCAGUGUUAAAAGUGGACGAGGAGGGUAGUAUAGCUAGUGCUGCAACCGUAACUUUAGUAGAAAGAAUUGGCAAUGUUGAUGACCAUUACUUUGAAGCAAACAGACCAUUUAUUUUUAUGGUUAUGGAUAAAAAAACGGGAGCUGUACUUUUCAUGGGUCGAGUGGCUAAUUUCUAAUAUAUUGAAAGGAAAUAAAGCUGGUUUUUUCCCCCCUUGAUCACAAAAUUCGUAGAACCAUGAAAGUAAUUUGAAUAUUUAAUAAAUGAGUAAUGAAGCUGAAAUUGAAAAAAAUCGAUUUGUGCCAUAUUGUAUUGUAAUAGAAAUUUAAAGGAGUAAAGCAAGAUCAGUUUUUGAAACCUGAAGACAACUUCGUUUAUUUGGUUUACACUUCCAACACCGUUUAGGAUGAGGAGUAAGUUUUCUCAACGAAAAACAUACUCAUUGUAAUUCUUAAAAUAUGAAACUACAAGCUAGCUAAAAAUAUAAGAAUCUCUAUCCUCCUUCCCCGCACAACAAAUUUGUAUUCCACCUUUCUAAAAAUGACGGAAGAGAUAAAUAUCUUUGAUCUAGAUUUACAUUACCAGUCACAAUAUUCUAUGAAUGUUACUAAGUGUUCUGCCAGUAGUUAUCACAGUGACUUGAAAAAUCAACUUGCUGCUAGUAUGGAUUCAUAGGACAUAAGUAAAUAUCAGAACUUUGAGGGAAAAUAAACAUUGUGAAGAAUGGUUAGGCUAGUUGUACAAGCUCAGACUGUCAUCCAUGUCGCACGUUAAAAGCUACAUUGGUCUCGACGGACCGAGCUUAGACCAAGCAAAAUGGACUUUGCUUCUUCAUGAAUUAAACUGGGCACUUAGGAUUAUAAGAUGUUGCUUAAUUCAGUACACACAGUAUUUAUAACAAUUUGCCCUCUGUCAUUGAGAAAACUGAAGCAAUUUGAAUACAAAUGCGUGUAUACAAGGUUAAUUCAAGCAGUUUUUAUAAAUGAGUAGACCCGAGGGCAGAACAAUUUCCAAUAAUUGUGGCAGUUGCUCCCACACUAUAUAUAUAUACACAACCAAAACCGACGCAUUUCUACCCUCCCUUGUAAAAAAAACCCCUGUGAACUGAAUUGAGACCUCUGGAAAAUGAUCCAUUAAAUUAUAGCGCUGCUUAGAUGAUAUCACUUAUUUAAUAAAAAAUGUUAAAUUUUUUA